AUGAACCGUAAAAACAAGAAUUGUUUAUCUUCGAAGUCGAAUGAUUGUAUUUCAACGUAUCGUUACAAAUGUCAAAUCUGUGACGAAGCCGCUGAACAUUCCAAUUAUGGUGCCAUCUGUUGUUCAGCAUGUAAAAUAUUCUUUCGACGAAAUGCGAUGAAACAAUUUCAAUGUGAUUGGAACAACAAUUGUGAGAUAAGCAUAAACACUCGUCGUGUAUGUUCUGCGUGUCGAUUGAAGAAAUGUCUUGCCAAUAGAAUGGAUAUUGGACUGAUUCGAUCUUCUCUAUCAAAGUCAAAGCAGGCGAAGCAAAAGAAAACAAAGAUCGUGCAAUCGCCAAUACUAACAUCAAAUGUUUUAAUUCCAACAUCGAAUCUUUUACAAUCAGAUGAAUCGAAUUUCUCAAUUGAUCAAUGGAAUUCUAUUUCUAACUUAAUUCAUUGUUAUGAUGAAUAUGGCCCAUUUUUAAUGACUCAACAAUAUGUAUCCGAACAAACUCAACUUCCAACAAAAAUACGGUAUAAAUCUUCAUCUAUCAACAAAUUCUAUGUAUUAGUUUACAUGAAAAUCCAGCAAAUAUUUGAAAAGAAUGACGAUUAUCAAUCUUUAUGUUCACAAGAUCGAGCUUCAUUAACUCAUCGAGCGGUUAAACAUGCAUCAGGUUAUGCUGCAGCUGUCGUCAUAAAACAAAUGAAAUUGUACGAUGAUCCAUUAUUUUUCAAAAUUAGUGAACUGCUUUUCAAUUCUCACGUAAUGACAUCUGCAAGAUCUCUCAACAGCUAUGUUGAUGAAGAUCUCACAUUUAAUAAAUUAAUCGUUGCUGCUUUAUUUUUUUCAACGACGUAUGUGACGAUCUUUGACAGUUCUCCAAUUGAAAAUUUCAUUGAUAUUAGACGUAUUAUACGCAUACAAGACCAAUAUAUCGAAUUAGCGUGGAAAUAUAUGGUUUACAAGCAUGAUUAUCGACAGUCUGUCCUACGUUUCAUUCAACUGCUUCGAUCAAUUUCAUAUUGUCAGCGUGCAUUUUUCGAAGCUGAUCAUACUCGUGGAUAUGAAUCUAUAGUGGGUUCUCUUCUUCACCAAACUGAAGAAACAUUUGUUAUUUUACACGAUUGA